AUGGAUAACCUAAACCUAUUACUCACUCCUUCUAAAGAAAAAGUAGAUAAAGAUGAAGAAAAAGAAGAAGAGGUAAUUAUUGAUUAUAAUAAAAGAGAAAGGCAAUAUAAAGCUAUACUUGCUUGUAAAUUUGGCCAAGAAAUAUCUUGGUUAAAUUUUAAAAAUGUACUUCAGAAUGAACAAGACUCUUAUGAAAAGGCAUCAGGUACUCAAGAUAUAUAUAAUCUUAAAGAGACAGAAGGACUUAGUGAUAAUGACUAUGAAAUUAAAAGACCAAAUGUAGCUCCAAGUGAUCAAGGAUCUGGUGAAGCCUAA